AUGGCUUGGCCGGUCCGGCUCUGUUUAAUUCUAAAAGCCCUAACAUGGGCAGUACAGGCUCAAGAAUGCCCGGGGCCUAGUUCCGAUAUGGUAUCCCGUAUCAAGUUCAAAUGGUACCCUAAUUCUCAAACCUUCGCUGAACCUGGAAAUGGUGAAAUCAAUGUUCUGGACAACGUCCCGUCCUUACAGGACUGCGCCAAUCACUGUGCGGUCAUUGCAAACUGUAAGGCUUCCGUGUGGAACGACAUAACCCACCACUGUCGCCUGAUCAGUGACACGGAUGGCUGUCAAGAUGAAGAGCCCUCCCAGCACUCUCUUUGGAGGGUUGGCUUCAUUGACGACGCUGAUAACAUCGGAUGUUCUGAAAAAGAAAUCGAAGCGAAAUGUGCCGAUAAAGAAACUGCGGCGCGCCUCGAGGCUGAAAAGGAGUGCAAUUCCCGCAACGAUGACCUCCGGGCCGAAAUUGCACGCCUUCAAGCCGAAAACACAGCCCUUCGCGCUGCCAAGAAUGAGGCAGAACGAAAGUUGGGCGAUGCACAAACGGUCAGAGACGAGGACCAGAAACGUCUCAACAAGCAGUGUCAAGACAAACUCAAUGACGAAAUUGAGAAGCGUCGAAAGGCUGUCAAGGAUGCGCGGGACGACGCCGAACGCAACUGCAGGUCAAAACAAGAAAAUGAACACCAGAGACAACUUGAUGACCUCAGAGCACAAUGCGACGAGAAAUCGAAAGCGGACAAGGCAGAGCGUGACCGUAUCGAGAGUCAAUGUGCCGACAGUCAUGACAAGCUCACUCAGAGAUGCAUUGAUGACCUUUCCAAGGCCGACCAGAAGUAUACGGAUUGUAACAACAAGUGCAAUGAAGAUAUCCGCCGAAAGGACGAACAAAUUCAACAAUGCACUGACAUCCUGAACAUUGUCAAAGACCAACAGAAACAGUCAGACAACCAAUGCCAGGCAGACAAGGCCAACCUUCAAAAGGAUUGUGAUAAUAUUCGAAACAAUGACAAGAUUAUCUUGGAGGCUACAUGCCAAGCUGAAAAGGAUAUUAUCAACACGAAAUGCACCUAUGAUACCGAUGCUGCUAAGCGCCAGCUGGAGCAACAACUAGAGUCCAGGUGUCGGGCUGAAAAAGAUCUCAUAAACAAGCAAUGCACCCAUGAUAUCGAUUCUGCUAAGCGCCAGCAGGAGCAACAAUUGGAGUCCAAGUGUCGCGCUGAAAAGGAUGUCAUCAACGAACGAUGCUCUUCUGAUAUUGAUGCUGCUAAGCGCCAGCUGGAGCAACAACUAGAGUCCAAGUGUCGCGCUGAAAAGGAUAAUAUUAAAAAACAGUGCACGUAUGACAUUGAUGCUGCUAAACGCCAGCUGCAACAGCAAUUGGAUUCCAAGUGUCAGGCUGAGAAGGAUGUCAUCAACAAUCAAUGCACUUAUGACAUUGAUGCUGCUAAGCGACAACAGCAGCAACAAUUGGAUUCCAAGUGUCAGAGGGAGAAAGAUGAGCUCGACAAGCAAUGCAAUGACAGGCUUGCUAAGGAGCAGAAGACUUCAGAUGAAGCUUGUCAAAGACAAAAAGACGAUCUUGACAAUCGAUGCAACGAUAAGCUAGCCAACGAGCAGAAGACUGCGGACGACACAUGCCAAAGGCAGAAAGACGAGCUUCGAAAGGAAUGUGACGACCGUUGUAAGACACAGGCGCGGGGCAAGGACGACAUCUGCUACAACCCCGGAGGCUUCGGCGCAUGGCCUGCCACAAUUCCGCCUUUUGACAUUGACGAUACCAAUUAUGUGCUGAAGCCGGAUACUAAUCUCAGGCCAGGUCCUCCCAUAGAACGAACGGCUACUUCACCCGCUGCCUGUGCCAGGGAAUACUGCAACGACGUGAGCGACUGCGUUGCCAUCCGGUGGGACGUCAACAAGUUGAACACCUGUUAUGUUUUCAAUGAGUCGCCAUACAGCCCAUUCGAGAAAAGUCGCUUGAAGGUCUACAGCAACUCUUACAUGAUUGUCAAGAGUGACAGAAUGCGGUAA